AAUAGCACCCUCUAGUAUUCACUUUUCUCCACCUCAAAAACUCAUUCAAAUUUCAGAAACACAUUCCUAGUCUUCAUUCUUUUCUUUGAUCUCAUUUCUCAAACUCUUCUAGCCACCAUGGCUGUUCUAUCUUAUGAAUCUGAGUUCACUUCCUCCAUCCCUCCUGCUAGGCUUUUCAAGGCCUUCGUCCUUGAUGCAGACAACCUCUUUCCAAAGAUUGCUCCUAAUGCAGUUAAGUCUGUUGAAAUCAUUGAAGGAGAUGGAGGUGCUGGAACCAUCAAGAAGAUCACCUUUGGUGAAGGCAGCCACUUCAACUAUUCAAAGCAAAAGAUUGAAACAGUCGACAAAGACAACUUCGUCUACGCCUACAGUCUGAUAGAAGGAGAUGCCUUGACAGACAAACUUGAGAAAAUCUCUUACGAGAACAAGUUUAUUGCAGCUGAUGGAGCAUCCAUCAUCAAGAGCGUCAGCAAAUACCACACCAAAAGCGACAAUCACGACAUCACAGAAGACAAAAUCAAGGCAGGGAAAGAAAAGGCAGCUCAUCUCUUCAAGGUUGUUGAGAAAUACCUCCAAGAGAAUCCUGAUGCCUACAACUAAAACCAGUUUUAUUGUUCAUUGAAGUGUGUUUUCCUACAGUUAUGCCCAUCAAUAUCUUGCUUUUGGGCUUUCAGUUUUUAACAUUUGUAUUUCUUUUACAAUGAUAAAAUAAAAGCAUCUGGUGAGUGAUCACCAAAUAUAUUGCUUGCAAA